AUGCGGAUUGCUCAGCUCAUCUCUUUGUGCAUCAACUCUCUGCUGGCUGGUUUAGUCAGCGGAGAAGCGUCUCCUCCAGCGCUAAACUUGACCCUGACGCCAAACUUUUCCAAUGGAUUGCUCUCCAGCCUGACGGGCGAGCUUAUCAUUGCAUCGCCCCAAGUCAGCGUCAACCAGACGUUAGUUGCAAUGCCCCUUUAUGUUGCAGAUGCUCCCACGCAGAGAUACGACGGCAGUGCUCUGGAAGCAAGAGACAGCAAUGGCCCGUUGCUUCUCGAAGCAAGUGACGGUGAAGCGUCAGCGAUGACGCAGAUACGCUUUUGGAAUGCCGCUCGCUCAACCAGCGGCGACGUCACACUCCGCUUCACUGGGUACCCGCGUGUAUUCAACAAAUCCAUUCCCGGCGGUCCUCUAUUCGACAUGCGCACCAACGACGACGGCCUUCUCGGAUCACUGUUAGCAUUCGUCCCUGGGCCUGUGGACACGACAACCAACUACACAGUCACAGUGUCAUGGAACUUUACCAACGUCCCUUCGUGGACUCGGGGUGUGUGGAGCUGGGGUGAAGGGCCUGACCCAGUCACCAAAGUUGGCGACAUCACCACGUUCCUGUACUCGUUCUUCGCAGUAGGCCGAAUCGACAGCUACCCACCCGAGACCACAGUCGGAUCCAAAUUCGGAAUGUACUGGUUCCAGCAGCCGCCAUUCAACACCACUGCGGUAGCUUCGUUCAUACAGCGGUUGCUGGACGUCCAGACGUCUUUCUGGGACGACACCAGCGACGACGGCUACCGCGUCUUCAUCCGCUACAACGAGAACAACUAUCUCGGUGGCACCGCUGUGAGCCGGAGCUUCAUGUUCGGCUGGCACAACACCAAAGUUUCCACACUGGACCUCAACUUCUUGCUUGCCCACGAGAUGACACACAACUGGCCCGCGCUCUCCGACUCCGUGUCCAACAUUACCACGUAUGUAGAAGGCCUGGCUGAGUUCUACUCGACGCGCUUACUUUGGCGGAACGGCUUUAUCAGCACUGCUGAGUACGUCAAAAAGGCCAACGCGAUUGUCAAGCAGUACUACACCAGCCCUGCAGUCAACUUGACGGAUGUGGAGGCGCAAGAGCAGGCGUGGCAGUCGCCCAGCGCGCAGAAGGUGCCGUAUGGGAGAGGCUUUUUGUACUUUGCCAAUGUCGAUGCCCAGAUGCGAGAGAGGUAUGAUGGCAUGCUAAGCCUUGAUACUCUGGUUCUCAACAUACUCCAGCGUCAGAGGGGCGGUCUUUCGUACACUUUGGAGGAUUGGUUCGAUCAACUACGGCAGUAUCUCGGCGAGUAUGCCGUUCAAGAGUAUGUGCAAAUGGCCAGUGGUGCGCCGCUCAUCCAGCCUCGGCAGGGAAGUCUUGGGCCUUGUUUUGAAGUUUCUCGGAAAAGGACGAUGCCGGAUGUAUAUCAAUGGGUGACGGAGAAUGGGACGGAUGGUAUUUCGCUAUGUAUCAUUUAA